AUGGCGGUACUCCGAGGUGAGUGCUUUGCCGUUGGUCGCCUUGAAGAGGACAGCCCUGCGUUCAAGAGCCUCGUCAUUCAUGAUCCACAAGCUGCUGCCCCCUUGGUUCUGCUGCUGGCGCUGACGUCAUCAGUGACGGCGGGCCGCGUUCUGCUUCAGUCCUGCCCCACCAUGGGGAGCACGUGCUACACAGCUGGCGGAACUACCGGUUACUGUUGCCCAUCAGGCUUCAACUGCUUUUCCAGCGACACCUUCACGUGCUACACCGCGUCUGCGAGCUACCCCUCCGACCCGUCAACGGCGUUUAGCAACGGGUUUACUGCCGGGUCAACUCCCCCCCCGACCACCGGAAGCCCCGGCCCGGCCGGAAGCCCCCCCACGGAAAGCCCCGUUGCCCCCGGACCUGCCUCCACGGGAACCGAUUCCA